AUGGCUUCCAAGUCGCAGUCGCAAUCGCGCAUCAUCGACGCCUGGACCUCGUUCCUGGAUCGGCACCCCGGGCUCGAGGCCCUCGUCGACGACGUGCGCCCCUGGCUGCCCCCGCUGAAUUUCGUCACGCUGCACUACGGCUACUUCGUCGUCGUGAGCCUCAUCUUCUCCGUCUUCUUCUACGCCUCCUCCGACGCCGACGAGCGCGAGGACGUCAGCUACGUCGACAGCCUGUUCCUCGUCGUCUCGGCCAUCACCAACACGGGCCUCAACACCGUCGACCUGAGCGCCCUCACCGUGGGCCAGCAGGGUAUACUAUGGGUCCUCAUGACCUUGGGGAGCGCCAUGUGGGUGUCGUUCUGGACGGUGCUCGUGAGGAGGCGCAAGCGGGCAGACAGGGCGCACCAAGCCAGGGCCAGGAAGGGCCUGGCGGGCGUGGACGGCUUCGCCCUCGCGGAUUUGCGGAGCUCCGGGCACGCCAGAGCGAGGCAGAGGGGUAGCAGCGGCGCCACGGCGACGACGCUGAGCAGCGUCGCGGAAGUGCCGCCCAAGCUGCUGAGGAAGAUUCUGCCCAAGGAGCCCAAGGAAAAGGUCGAUUCCGAACCCGAUGUCGGCGCCGAUAACCCCGUGGAGAGUACGCCGCGGCUGGUUCAAUUGGCGGCGCCCUUUAAUCGCAAAGAUAAGCAGGACGGAGACCGCGAUCCCGCCGCGCAGCUUCUGCUGUUGGAGGGCACGGCCGACGAGUCGGAGCGCCUCGCCGAGCGCGAGCACCAGGCGCUCAACCUGUUGGCGCUCAUCAUCCCCCUCUACGCCGUUCUGUGGGUGCUUGUGAGCUCCAUUGUCCUCGGCGUGUGGAUCUCGAGGCACUAUGCUUCCGCCGUCGAGGAGUUUGGCGGCUACGGGUACUCCUUCCUCGUCCUUUUUCUCAUCGCCUCCCUCAUCCUCGCGGGGAACACGGCCUUCCCCGCCUUCUUGCGCCUGAUGAUUUGGGUCAUGCUCCAGGGGCUGAAGCUCUUCACCCCGGACAAGUACUUUGUCUCGGAGAAGGCGACGCUGCUGUACAUUCUCAAGUAUCCCAGGCAAGUGUACACCCACUUGUUCCCGGCCCGGCAGACCUGGCUGCUCGUCAUCAUGCUCAUGGCCACCAUGGCUGUCGAUUGGGUGGCGUUUGAGGUGCUCAGCAUCGGAAACCCGGCGGUGGAGAAGAUGCCCAUUGGUCCUAGGAUUCUGGAUGGACUGUUCCAGGCCAUUUCUGUGCGAGGAACCGGCUUCUACGUCGUGCCCGUGUCUGAACUCUUCACCAUCCUCCAGGUCCUGUACAUGGUGAUGAUGUACAUCUCGGCCUUCCCCAUUGUCAUCGCCAUGCGUCACUCGAACGUCUCGGAAGACCGCGCCGGUGCCUUGACCAUGCAGCCCAAAACAGACGCAUACUCUAGUGCCAGCAGCGAUGUUGGCGGGGGUGACGAGGAUCCCGAGCUCGGCCACCUCCUUCCCGGCGGCAGUGGCAGUGGCAGCGGUGGCGCUUCUCGGACCCCCGAGCCCGUCGUGACUCCCGCGCGCGCUGCCCUCCACCGCCUCGCCUCCCUUUCAACACGGCGGCGCGCCCCUCGUCCCGCCGCGGCGAUGCUUCCCGCCCGUCCCUCCUAG